UUACCCCUCCAGGGCGUUAGAUGGCGCAUUCAUGUACGACGACGCCCGGAACCGCCGCCGUGAACGGCUGCACAAGCUCAACCGCGCGCGAUCCCAAAACACACACAACCAUAUAUUCCUAAUCACCGAAAUCCCGCCUACUUUUCUACGAUUGGCCAAUUUCCCGGUUUUCCUCUGUUCCGAUUGGCUAAUCCUUCGCGAGCAUGAGCAAGCAGCUAAUCAGAGCCCGGGAAGCGCGGGCGCCCUGUAUUAACACUAGAGAGUAUGAUUCCUGCUUAUACCGUGCAACUCGUAUAUGCAGAAUAUAAUUGUAUAUUCGUAUUAGAAACCAGGUUUCACGAAAAAAGGAAUAAAACGAAGCAUUUGCAUGCAAGUAGGUAGAAAUAGCUCGUUUUUUGCCUCUUAUUUAUCCCUGACUUUGGUUUUGCUAGCGUGUUAGCCGUUAGCAUGCCCGCCAUGCGAGAGCAAUAAUAGAGCAGGACUUUGAGAAACAGUUGAUAGAGGUUGGGCCUUUUUUGGUGCUAAAUGCUGGAGUUUGUGUUAAGAAUCACAGUUUAGUGGCAUUUUUCAGCUCAGGGUGACGUUUUUAUUAUACUUCCAGCUCCAACAUGGCGGAAAACGAUGCCGAGAAUCUGAGCUCUGUCGAGGAAAAAACUCAGAAGGAGACCAAACCAUCAUCAGCGGCCGAGAUUCCGAAAUCCGAUUCGUCCAAGCAAGGCGUGGAGGAAGACGAGCUGGACGGACUUCCUGUUUUUGGAGCAGUCGAAGAUGAGGGUGAUGUGGAGAGCAGCCCUACUCAAAAAGACAAGCAGACUGACGGUCGAGAUGAGAGGGAAAACGGAAACGCGGUCGCGCUUGGAGAUAACGACGCGGGCGAAGGUGUGCAGAGCUCUCAGGUGGAGGACAGACCCUCCCAAACCGAAGGCAGUGCAUCGUCACAGGAACCAGGUGAAGGAAUCCAAAAGGAAAUCCUUUCCUCUCCUUUGAAAAAAAUAAAGGAUGAGCCCAUAGAUGAGGACUACGACAAAGCGCUCGUCAGUUCUGCCAACUCUGAUAUCAGUCGGGUUAAAGAGGAGCUUGAGAACGGCGAUAACGAGUCUUUGGUUCCUUUGGAUGAACUGAGGAUCAGCUCGGUCUUUUCUGUUCGAGGAAACAGUGAUUCCAUUUCUGCUCCUGUCACAGCCCCACAACCUGCCUCUUUCUCUGCUAUCACUCAGAGAGCUUCACCAAUCAGACCACCUCCUAUAGUCUUGCAAGCUCAAAUGACACCUCAUUUUCAAGCACACCUCCAGCUUCAGCCCAAGACCUUAGCCCAGCUUCAACCCCAUCUGCAGACUCAUCUUCAGGCACAGCUUCAAACGCAUCUCCAACCUCAGCUUCAACUCCAAGCACAGCUUCAAGCGCAUCUUCAGACGCAGCUUCAGCCGCAACUUUCGCACCAACUACAGCCACAACUCUCGCACCAAAUCCCUCUUCAUCCUCAGCUCCCGCACCAGCUCCAGCCGCAGACCCCACCUCAGCUCCAGACACAACCGCCGUCCCAUCCACAGCCCCAGCCCACACAUCAACUCCAGCACCAACCUCAGCCACAGCCCCCUUCAGGUCCGGUGCGAAUCUGCUGCUCAGGCUGCUCUAAGGUUCUUCAAAAAGGUCAGACUGCUUUUCAAAAAAAGGGUUCCAAUCAGCUCUUCUGCUCUACUGUGUGCCUGACUGGAUUCACGCUGCCUCCAGCACCCAAUAUUGCCCCGAAGAAAACCUGCCACCUUUGUCUCAAGGUUAUCGGGAAUCCAAAAGACUUGAUAACCGUUCCAGUUGACUCAGCAAACAACCUGAAGGAGUUUUGUAGCCUGUCCUGUCUGAGCAUUUACAAGUCCAGGGUUGAAGGUUUGACUGAAGAGGAGUCCAUCGUUAGAUGUUCCGUGUGCAGAAAUCCCAGUGAGAUUCAACAUGAAGUGAAUCACCAGGGUGUUCUGCAUCGACUCUGCAGCGACGAAUGCUUCUCACGUUUCCGCUCGUCUAAAAGACUGUCCAUGAGCUGCUGCGACUGCGGCAACUGCACUGUCACAGGAAACUAUCAUCUCGUACAGAUAGAGGACGCCAUAAAGAAAUUCUGCAGCCCUGCCUGCAUCACCACUUUCAAACAGAAAAGCGGUAAGAGAGUCCACUGCCCCUGCUGUCAGGAUUUUAAAGCGAUGGAUCAGAUGAUGGAAGGCACGAACGCACAGGGAGUCAUAGAGUUCUUCUGCUCCUCCAGAUGUGUGGCUAACAGCCAGGCAUCCUGCACCUUGUCAGGUGCUUCAUUCCCGUGUACAAAUUGCCAGAAGUUAGCUGUUCCUCAGUAUCACUUGGCUAUGUCUGACGGAUCCAUCCGGAACUUCUGCUCAUACGAGUGUGUCGGCAGAUUCCAGGAGCGGCUGCAGAGGUCCUCCCAAAUGAACGGAGGGUCCUAUCACAGUCUAAAUAUGGGCCCCCAACCUCCCGUGCCUCUUCAUCCAUCUUCAGUGCCUGCUUCCGUUCAAAACACCACCCCACCGUCUGUGCCUGCUUCCCGACCGACAAACUCGCACGACCCCCUGCAGCAGGCAGAAGCUCUCGGACCUGCCAAACUUACCUGUAAACAGUGCCAGAAACAAUUCAGCUCGAAACCCGAAGUCCUUCAGUUUAAGAAUCACACGGGCCUCUUUUGCUCACGCCUGUGCUGCGACAUGUAUAAAAGGGAACGAGACGUCGGAGCGGUUUGCGAGUACUGCAAAGAAGAGAAAAUUGCCAAGGAAAUUGUCAUGUACGACAAGCAGCCGCGGACUUUCUGUUGCGAAGGCUGCAAGCUGCUCUAUAAACACGACUACGCCAAGCAACACAGAGGUCAGAGCCGAGUUUGCGCCUACUGCAGCAAUGUGACCCACAAAAGCCUCCAGAAUCACUUCGGGGGAAAACUGGAGGAGUUCUGCUCCAAAGAGUGCAUGUCUCUCUACACCGUUCUCUUCUACGAGAUGGCAAAGUGUCAUGCUUGUAGGAAUCAGGGACCGCUUAAAGAGAGCAUCAGAUGGGACGAAACGGUCCGACACUUCUGCAACCUGCAGUGUUUGUUGCAUUUUUGCUCCAAGAGUAUCAUCCCAGACCAGCCAAACAGCAACGGGCCUAUUCCUCUGUCAAAGGCACUGGAAUUAGUACUGGAGUCGAUUGCUGGGGACAACUCAGAGGUAGAAGACUUAUCUGACAUUGAUGACCCCAUAGAGGAUGUUGAUUACCAUCCUCCACAACAGGAGCCAAGCAGCAGUGAGGAGGAGAGUAGUGGGGAUGAAGACCCCACUCCACAGUCCACUAUGGCGAGCCGGGGACGUAAACGCCGCCAUAGUGAGUCUGAUGGCUCAAACAGUGACUCUGAAGAGCCAAUACCAGGACCAAGCUUUCAAGGACAACCCAAGCAAGGACGAGGAGUGUGCUGGAGGGCUGCUCAACUGACCCCAAACCUAGCCCAGUUUGAGCCUGGGGAGGAAACUGAGCAGGACAGAGAAGGCUGGACCACACUGGACUAUGUGAACCAGUAUAUUGAUAAAGAUUUAAUGAAACUGAUUGUAAACUGCUCCAAUGCUACAACACUAGCUAGGAGUGGGUACCCACUCAGCACAUCAGUUGACGAGAUGUUUCAUUUCUUUGGUGCCUCAAUUUUGAUGUCCUGUGUUCCGUACCCACGAAUCAGGAUGUACUGGUCCAGCGCGUUAAGUUUCCCAGCAGUCACAGAACGAUUCACACGCGACAGAUUUUACAAACUGAGGCACUCAAUAAAGGUGGUCAUCGAUGAUGACAUUCCAGAAGACCUGAGGGAAUGCGACAAAUUCUGGAAGGUGAGACCUUUUCUUGACCGCAUUCUUAAAGGCUGCAGGUCUCAGACAAGACCCGAGAGCGUUUCUAUUGAUGAGCAAAUCAUCCCAUUUACAGGAGCCUGUCCUUUUCGACAAUAUCUGCCAAUGAAGCCCAAUCCAGUUGGCAUGAAAAACUUUGUUUGUGCUUCACCAGAAGGCAUCAUGCUCGACUUUGAGUUAUAUCAGGGUGCAGAUGCACUGAUUGCACAGGUCCAGGAACCAGGUGAACUGGGUUUGGGAGGUUUGGUCAUUAAUCGUCUGUCUGAAACUCUCCAUCCUGGUACAAAAGUGUACUGCGAUCGGUUCUUUACAUCCAUCAAAACUGUAAAUCGAAUGAUGGAGAAGCAGGUGUACCUGACUGGUACAGUUAUGAAGAAUCGGGUUUCCGAAGCAGUGCUGAAGCUACCAAGUGACAAAACAAUGAAAAAGAAUGGAAGAGGUACCUCAGCACAAGUUACCUCUGAAGACGGGAAAAUUUGUGUUGUAAAGUGGUAUGACAACAAGCCGGUAUUGAUGCUGUCUGUUGUUCAUGAUGCACAGCCUGAAGACACCUGCAAGCGAUGGGACAAGAAAGAGAAACAAUAUGUGUCUAUCAGACGACCAAAUAUUGUUCGUGAAUACAACAAAAAGAUGAGUGGGGUUGACCUCACAAACAGGAUGAUCAGCUACUAUAGAAUGAGUGUCCGUACCAAGAAGUGGACGCUUCGGAUGCUAAUGCACUUCACAGAUGUUGCUUUAGCCAAUAGCUGGCUACUGUAUCGCCAAGACCACACAGUACGUGGCACACCAAGAAAGGGCAUUAUGCAAUUUCUUGAAUUCCGAAUGGAAGUGGCUAAGACAUUCUUGGCCCAACAUAACAAUGCACAGGAGGACAGUACAGACCUCUCAGAGCAGGAAGACAACACAGACCAUUCAGAGCCAAAGAAAAAGCGUUCUGUGAAGGAAGUGCCUCACAUCUCAGUCCGCAGAAGGGCUAAUGCACAUCUUCCAGAGGUGGUCAACCUGAAGAAUGCAGCGCGCUGCAGAGCGACAAGCUGUUCUGGGAAAACUCGAGUCCGUUGUGUAACAUGCAAGGUGUUCUUGUGCUUGCAAGCUGAACGCAACUGUUACACAGUCUUUCACAGCGGUAUUAACACUGCUCCCACCACAGCGCAAGCCCCUCUAUCGCUCUCAAAAGACAUGCCGGUCAUCGGGGGCAUUGUGUCCCUGGCCUCCGCAUUGGCCGGUAACACCGCACUCACAGGAGCACUGCCUACCUCAAACGCCAGCUCCAAAAUCAGCGGCGACGCAAGCACGCAAACGGAUGUCUCGGUCAACGGCGAUCCUCAGCAGAGGCGGAUGCUGAAAAACAAAGCGAUCAUGUGCAAACCUAUCAGUGACGAGCAGAGCAUCCAGUGUGAACUUGAGCCUCCAAAGCUACUGUCUAAGACAGUUAUUGAUGAAAACGGAGAGAAAGUGAAACUGGUGCCUGUGCCUAUACCUGUCCCAACACCUGUAUACAUUCCUGUUCCUGUGCACCUGUAUACUCAGUUCACACCCUUACCGCUGGGAUUCCCUUUUCCUAUUCCCGUGCCACUGGUUGUGCCAGCUUCUCAGGAAUCUGCACAGCCAAGUUCUACUAAAGGCAGCGUCCUUCGCAAAGCCGUAGAGGAUGAAGAUGUGGAAAAGGUCAAGAGCAGACCGCUGUCUCAUGGAGACCAGGGCAGUAACUACAGUGGGGAUCUGGAAUCCGAAGCCAGGUCUACACCUUUCAGUUGGGCCGAUCCUGAGGAUUCCUCACACAAGCCACCAGUCACUUUAUCUGAAUCAGAAGGACCUAAAGAUCCUCCUGGAACAGCCACAGGGUCUGAUUUGCUAGAUUUAGAAAAGGACAUUCCUCUUGCAACGACUGACCACGAAGCGACCAAGGAGCAGAAAUCAUCAGCAAAACGACGCAAGAGAGGAAAGAAGCUUGAUCAUUCAUCCGAUGUUGAAAAAACGAAGAGUUUCGUAGAAGUGGAUGUAGCUGAUCGUGCACAGUCCUGCUCGGACACAAAUUUAGAGCAGUUCACAAUGGAAUCUUGCCAGCAUGGUGGAUCUCAGGGGAGUAGUAUUCCCAUUAGCUCAGAAUGCGCUCCACUCGACGAAGAUGACCUGAGCGAUGCACAAAACACAGCAGAAUCCGGUGAAGAGCUCACCUCGUCUUCUGUUAUAAUGAGACCUUUGAGGUCACGUCUGAAAACAGGGAGUAAAAGAGUUCGAGCUCAGGCAUCUCGCACCAAAAAGCAGUUCUGUGUUUACUGUCAAAAAUCAAAUACCAAAAUUGCAAGGCACUUGGAGCGAAUGCAUUCAAAGGAAACGGAUGUCGCAUAUGCGCUCAGCUUUCCGAAACGAUCUAAAAGAAGACACAUGCUCCUCGAACAGCUUCGCAAGAAAGGCAAUUAUCAGCAUAAUAUCGAAGUUAUUCGCAAUGGAAAUGGGGAUAUCGUCAUGCAAAAACAAACAAAACGAAAACGGUCUGCAAUGGAAUACUUGCCCUGCCAGUAUUGCUUAGCUUUCUUUCUCCGGGUUGGGUUGGCAAAACAUGAAAACUGGUGCAAAAGUAAGAUGAUUUCACAAGCUGAGUCCUCAAAACAACUCGACACUGAACAUGAGUCCAAAGAAUUGCAAUGUCCAAAGUCAAGCUCUGAAGCCAGAUCAAAUGCUAAUCUCCAACCAAGCCCCCAUGUUAGUGGUUCUGACUCCCAAAACAAUCUUGAAACCUGCUCUUUCUCAAAUUCGGAAUCAAGUCCUGAUAUUUCUGACCAAACAGAUCCAAAACCUGGCCUUGGGUCAAGUCACCCUAACACUGAACCCUUUCCUCCAACCAGUUCUGAUAUUGGUCAGUCUCCUAAAGAAUAUUUCUCUGAUAAACCUAGCCCUCAAUCUAAUUUUGAAUCGCACGGACAUUCUAAUGAGUUAUCGAGUCCUGCAGUCCUUCAUCCUACUAAUCAAUCUUGCCACCAGAGUACCUUCAGUGAGGAAAGUUUUGACUUGUGCCUACCAUCCUCUCCUGUGCCUUCCCCACUGCCUAAUCCUGAAUCAAGUCCUAGUCAUUUAAAUUUUGACUUGUUCUUUGAGGACGAUUUGUUUUCCGAUCCUGAAGACAGUCUACCCAGUACUCCUGAAUUGUUUGAGUCUAACAAUCUUGAAACAUGUCUUGAAUCCAGUAUGAUGCACAUUGAUGCAUCAAGCAGUGCAAAUCCAAAUCCUAGAUCAUGCCACCAGUCCACUAUCGGUCAGAUAAACAGCCCAGAUCCUACUCAACUAAGUUUUGAGUCCUGCAUUCUUGCCAAUGUGGAUUGUGAUCUCAGGUCACCACCUAGUCUGGAAUUGAAGAAUCACACAGAAUCACCUUUUAUGUUGAAUCAUGAAUCUACCCUACAACCCAAAUUUGAAUCAUGUUCACAAGUUGACCAAUUUAGCUCAAAAAACAACCACCAAACGGCAAAUGUAAGUGAUGAACACAGACCAGAUCCCAGUAAGGCAAGUUUUGAAUUGUGCCCCUCAUCUAAAACUCCUCCUCUACCUCAUCUUGGAUUAGAUCCUAUCCCCCAAAUUAAUUGUUCUGAAUCCUGCUUUCAACCAGUUUUACGGUCCAGUUCUGACACCAGUCUUUUUCCUGAAUCUUUCCCCAACCAAGUUGUUGAGUCCAACAUUAAUCCUAUUGUUGAAUCCUGUUUAGUUACGAAGUGCAGUGAUGCUCCAGCGAGCAGUCUUCCAGCGCGCAGUCCUCCAGCACGCAGUGCUCCAGCGAGCAGUCCUCCAGCGAGCAGUGCUGAAGCGAAUACAGAAUCUAUACAACAGUCCUCCAGUGCUGGAUCCCACUGCUUGGACUCAGAUGCCUCAAGUAAUUCUGAUUGCACUUCGAGUAAUUGUGAAAGUCCAGUCAGUUUCUCUGCAGAAAGUUCACCUUGUGAGAAGUCCAGUCCACAAUCUAGUUCAAAUUCAAGUUUAACGUGUACCUCCACAUUCAAACCGGCACUGUCCGAACAGACAAGUUCACACAAAACACCAAAUGGUCAGGGGUCCGGAAUGAAAAGGCAGUAUUGUGUUUACUGUAAAAACUCUUUCGUCAAGAUCUCACGGCAUUUAAGCUUAAAACAUGCAAAAGAAACUGACGUAGCCCACGCUCUUAGUUUUCGAAAGGGGUCCGAAAUGCGGCAACUUUUGUUCGAGAAGCUUCGAAAGAAAGGGAACUAUCAGCAUAAUGUCGAAGUUCUUAAAAGCGGAAGUGGAGAGCUUAUCCCCGAUAGACGAGGAAAUAAAGACUGUUCUGGUGGUGUGUACCUACCUUGUCAGUAUUGCCUGGCUUUUUAUGUUCGCCAUGAACUCUGGAGGCACGAAAAACGUUGCAAAAUGAGAACAAACAUUAACCCUGUGUGCCUUAAAAGGACUGCGUGUUCAAAGUCGAUUCCGUAUCAGGGUAGCAUUUCUGGAGAUUUGGAAGAAGCUAUUCGUAGUAUGAAGCAGGACAACUUGUUGCGUCAUAUAAUAAACGACGCUCUGAUUUGCAAGUAUGGGGCUAGGCUUAUUGAAAAACUCGGACAUGGUAAAAAGCAUAAAGUGUAUGCAGGGCAAAGGAUGAGGGCGUUGGCGAGAUUUAUGCUAGUAGUGAAAGAGUUAGAUGGAAGCGUUGAGUAUUUGCAUCACGUGUGCACUCCGUCCAAGCUUGAUUUGGUCAUUAAAGGUGUAAGGAUAGUUAGUGGAUUUGAUGAAACUUUGAGCAAAUUUAAAACUCCAUCUCUGGCGUUACAAAUCGCCACUUCCAUACGACAAGCAGCUGAAAUUAUUUGCGGUGAAAACGUUACGGAGGGUGAUAUGGAGACCGUUGCUAAUGUUAAAAAAUUUAUUGGGAUAAUAGAGGAAAAUUUGAUUUCUCGUGCGAAAAAAAAUGCUGACCACGCGCCAGCCGACAGUUGUUUAGGCAAUCCUUCCGCAGCACUAUCUCAAGAGAACUGUCCCGUGACCAAAAAACCCAGCAGAAAGCUCAGGCCUAGGCGAAACGUGGCCAGUAAGGAAAGUGCCACGUCCCCAGUGGUCUCAAAUGGAUCGCAUGUGCACAUAGAUGAGAACGAAACCUUACCUCGUUGCGAUAAUGCUGCAGAGCUGCCUACUGACCCUGGAGCGCGAUCUAAAUCGAAAAAGUCUAAGGCCUUCUAUUCCAAGUCAAAAGUGUUAAGAACAGCAAAAGGUGGGAACAAACACUACUGUGUCUAUUGUAAGAAACAGAUCAUCAAAAUAGCGAGGCACUUGUCUCAGAGCCAUGCAAAAGAAAAAGACGUUGCCCGUGCCCUCAGCUUUCCGAAGGCAUCCAAAACUCGACAGUGUUUAUUUAAACAGCUCCGCAAUAAAGGGGAUUACCAGUAUAACAUCAAAGUUCAGCAAACCGGAAAUGGGGAAAUCAUUCCACAGAGACGGCAAAAAAAGCAGUCCGUUCAUUCUUUGAGUUCUUACCAAGCUUGCCCUUACUGUCUGGGUUUUUUUCUUGAGCGUGACUUGUGGAGACAUAAAAAAUCAUGCAAAUGGAAGAAGGACGAUGAAGCCCCCUCUGGCAGGGAGAGGCCACAGUCAUCCAAUAUCGCCUUGCAUGAGUCUCUUUCCGAAGGCUGUCAAAGUAUCGUUCGCAAUAUGCGAAAUGACGAAAUCUCGAAAUGCCUUAGGAACGACGCCUUAAUCUGCAAAUUCGGAAACAGCCUUUAUAAAAAACACGGGCAUGAAAAGGGUGGACAUGAUUAUGUGGCACAAAAAAUGAGAACAUUGGGUAGAUUUAUGUUGGCUGUGAAGGAGUUGGAUCAGAAUGUUGAGGAUCUGUAUCAAGUAUGCAACGAGUCCAGGUUUAGUCUGGCUUUAGAGGUUGCAAAGAAAGUUGGAGGAUUUGAUCAACAGACUAACAAAUUUAAAAAAUCUGUUGGAUGGAAAAUGGGGUAUUACAUGAAAUGGGCCACUGAAGUUGCUUUGGAAGAGAAUGAUAUGGAUGAUGAGGCUAGAAUUCAAGCCACAAAGUUCAUUCAGAUGAUGGAAACCAAUUGGUUUUCUUACAAACCUUUUAUGCAGAAUGAAGGGGAUAUUGAACUUCUGGCAGAAGAUAUUGUCAAACUGCAGAACUUCCUGAAAAACUCUGAAGAUAAAGCCAAAUCGGAGCUCUCAGCGCAUCCAAAUGGCGAGUCAUGGAAAAGUCUUUGCAACACCGUUCUCGCUGAAAUGACACUCUUCAACCGUGGACGAAGGAUAGUAGCGGAGAAAAUGCUUCUUGAGGACUACAAGCAAAGGAACAAAGAGCCUAAGCAUGGAAAAACGUGUCACCUGCCAACAAAGCUGGAAUGGGCUCUUAAAGAUGUGCUUAUAAAAACUGUAAUCACUGGAAGUCAGAUUCCCGUUUUGUUUACCAAAAGGAUGGCAUCAUCUCUGGACAUCCUUAUCAAACACCGUGAGGAUGUCGGCGUUCCCGCUGACAACCCUUACGUCUUUCCUCAUAUGUUGAAUAACUCUUACAUCAAGGCUCGUGACUGCAUAAAGACCUUAGCCAAGAACUGUGGCGUAAGCAAACUUGAAGUUCAUACGCACAAGUCUGUAGCUACUGUUUUCCAGAUCCUGAGCCUUGAUGGCAGUGAAAUGCAGAAGGUCGCUGCACUUGUGGGCGAGAAAAGAUUUAACUACCAAACACUAAAUAAAAACCUUUCCGAGUUGGCCAAAAUCUGCGCCCAGUUGCAAACAACGCAAAAUGGGAUCGUCGCUCGCAAAAAGACAGGUCGUCGCCGACGUCCCGCCAGCCAAGGAUGCAAAAGACACAAGUGGAAGAAGGCGGAACAAGGAGCCGUGAGGAAGCACCUGGGACAUUAUAUAUCAACCGGGAUAGUGCCAAGAAAAAAGGACUGUCUGGACUGUAUUAAGACUGAUCCAGAGGCCCUCAGCUCAAGAACGUGGACGGAUGUCAAAAAUUUUGUCCAUAACACCAUACAAGCUAAGAAAAGGAAGAAAAGCGAUUCGCGGGAGACGGACAGCGAAAGCGAGGAGCUUAGCGACGAUCUUAGUGAAGCCGUGGCUGUGGAGGCUGCUGCGAAAAGGCCGAGGCGGAAAAGAAAACUUCGGCGCCGCUUAGGCACCGGACGGAGGCGUUCGGGAACAGAUGUGGCGAGCGGCAUGGUUUCUUCUCCACCCAGCUCCAAACUCCACCACAUGUACGGAGUGAAAGCCUGGGCCAUCUGGGUGCAGCAGAGAGCCGAACUCACCGACGCCAGCCCACUGGUUUUGAAGGAGGACGUGUUGGAUUGUAGUUCCGAAGAGCUCGGCGAUGCGUUGUGUCACUUCAUCAGCGAAGUUCGCAGGCCAAACGGCCAACCUUACGCUCCUGAUAGUGUCUACUAUCUGUGCUUGGGCAUCCAGCAGCACCUUCUUGAAAAUGGGCGACUGGAGAAUAUCUUCACGGAUCCUCUUUAUAACCAGUUUACCACAGACAUGACCAGGCUGAUCAAAGACUGGGAGGGCAACUUAACUCCAAGUGGUUUCUUGCAGUCCCGCAUCGAGGAGACUUUCCUGUGGGAAUGCAAACAGUUGGGUGCUUUGUCUCCUUACGUCCUGCUCAACACGCUGAUCUUUUUCGGUGUCAAACACCUCGACCUAAAAACUGUCGACCAGCAUCAGCAUCUUUCAUUCGCCUCCAUCGCCCGCUGCUCGAGGAACAUGAAGCACGGCAGGUCCUCCUACCUCCGGUUCAGAUUUGCCGGAAGAGACGACGGCGAAAGGGAGAAGCGAGUUUUACUUGGUAAGCGAAAGAGAGACGAUGCAGAGGAGGACGUGGAGUAUGGCGAGAUGCCCGAGAAUACCGAGGACCCUUUACACUGUCCUGUCCGACUAUACGAGUUCUACCUCUCCAAAUGUCCAGACUGUGUGAAGGAGCGGCCGGAUGUUUUCUACCUGCAGCCUGAGAGUUCCUGCCACCCCGGCAGCUCGGUGUGGUAUUCCACCCAGCCUCUAGAUGGCACUAUUUUGGACAGCAUGCUAUCACGCAUCCUUGCCGUCCGGGAUGUCCAUGUGGAGCCGAAGCCGCUGCAGCCGAGCUCUUCAGACGAAGACACCCCGUAAAUGAACAAACGUUAGACAUCGUGUAGGACACUGGUGGUGUUCUUUCUUAAACUCUGUGUUGUCCGAGCUUUACGACACCAUUAACUAAUUGGCAGGUGGGGGGGUGGAAACGUGACUUUAAAGGAUCUCAACAUUCAAGGAUCAAUUCAGUCGAUUUAUUUUUUUUUAUUAUCUCUUAGUAGAACUCAUGUUUCAACCAUGUUACAAAUGCAUGCUCUAGUGAAAUAGUUUUUUUUUCCUAAAUCGUAUCUAAUUAUCCGGUUUCGCGUCUGACCUUUUACGUGCGGAAUCCACGUGAAAACCAUGAAUCCCAGGUGGGAUUGUUUUGCAAAGCAUUAGUGUUCAUUUGCCCAUGUGGUUCAUUUCACCCCUCUGUGCGGCUCAGCAUUCGACCUGAAAAUUGUGCCGGGAUUUGGAAUAUUUUACCUGUAAUUUAACAUGAGCUUUAUAUGAGCUCUUUGGACGCCUUCCGACCAGAUGUGUGUUGAUGCACUCCAUAACCUUGAUACACAGCCUCGGAUUUAUGAAAAUGCAUGCAGAAUGCAUUUAAAGCAUCCAUCUGUUGAACGCGAGCCGAUUUAGAUGUGCGAUCCAUAGAGUGACGUGAUGAGAUGGAGAUGGUGCAAAGGAAUUAAUUCCAUAAUUAUAGAAGGACUUUUUUUUUUUUCUUUCUAAAUAAUAGAGAAGAUGAAGGCCCAUGUGGGUCUUUCACCCAGGCUGACCAAAUCGUAAAAUUUGAUAGCGGUGUUUAAACGAGAACAAACACAGGAGAGAUAUCUUUUGUUCUUCUUCUUCUGGCACAUCCGUAGUCAAGAACAGUAAAAACAACCAACACACCAUCAGAUAGAGCUGACUCUGGAAAGUGAGAAGACACCAAGUGGAUUUUUCAUGUUUCAGAUUGUUCGCAUCCCGUGAUUAUUAUUAUUUUUUGAGCCUCGUAGUUCUUUCGAUCGUCGGUUUUCCUGCUCGCUAGACUCAUCAUAAUCUCUUUUCAGUCACAUUCUCACUUAUAUCAAAUUGCCUUUUUUGGGGGCCCAACCGAAGCCAAAAGAUGAACUCUUUGUCAAGCGCUUAUACUUAUUUUAGUUUUAAGCAGCAACGUCCCCCCCGGUCAGCACAGAGGCCAAAUUAGUUCUGUAAUGUUUAUCCACAAGACUUUGCAGAUAUUUGCACAGAUACAGCCAGCGCCUGCCUACGAUGUAAGGCCAAUUGUCAUUUGCUACCAUGGUAACCGAACGGAAGGCUUUUGCUCGAGGGCUGUGCUGGAUUUCUGCAGCUUUUCGAGACACGAGCAACAAAAGUGGUAAGGCAGUCACCCUCAUUUCAGUGUUACCAGUGUGGAAACUUAUUAGUCGUGAUAAGACAUUUUUAUUCCAAGGAUAAGUCGUACUUUAACCCGUGGGUCAACUAGACGAUGUUUCUUACCACCCCUUCCCCCACCAAACACUAAAAGUAUCCAUGAAGAGUCUGUUAUUUAGAAAUGUAUAUAUUUCAUUAUAUAUCACUCGAACCCAACAUGGAAUAACUCAUUACCUUAAUCACGUUCGUGUUCAGCAGAAGUGUGUGUGUGGGUGUGUUUGCACGCAGGGCACAAGAGUUGUCGAUUGAAAGCUUUCGAGAGCGAGUGUGUGUGUGGUUGCGGAGUAAGAAUGCAACAAAGGCUGACUAAAAACGAGGCUUUUUUUUGUUUGUUUGUGUCUGUAUUAAAGAAUUAAUUAAAUGUGAUCGAAGACAGAAACAUGUCAUCGUUUCAACAUUGUACUCUGUCCUUAAAAUUAAAGGUUAUGAUUAAUAAAGCUGUUCCUUUUUUCCCCCUCUUGUA